AUGGCCAAAUCUUUAACAGUUCGUGUGGGUUCUUUGGGAGGCCUAAAUCUCCGUAUCAUGGAUUCAAGAUUGUGUUGCUGUAACAAUUCGUUCUAUGAUUUAAGUGACAACAACCUUGUUUAUGACCAACCACCAAUCACUGACGAUCAGUGGCACCACGUGUGCAUCACGUGGACCAAUGUCGAUGGCAAAGUUCUGGUUCUCUUGGAUGGCGUCUUUAAAAAAGCCGCCUUGGGAUAUAAGGUUGAUGUUACCAUUCCUAGUGGAGGAAUUAUGCGUAUUGGACAGCAACAAAGAGAGCUUGGAGGUGACCACAAUCCUGUGCAAAGCUAUCGUGGAAAGUUUGCCAAAAUAAACAUGUGGAACACAGUGCUAGAUGGGUCGGUGAUUGUAGCGUUAUGGAGCAGUCCCGGUGCCGAAAGUGGAGACGUCAUUUCGUGGGGAAACAUGCGCACUGCAUUGAUCAGUGGGAAUGUGAUGGUACAAGACGUCGCCAACAUGCAGCUUACAGCGCAAGAGAGUGACUUUGAUCUUUACUUUGCAUCUAAAUCAUCUGCUAAUUAUGUAGAAUACAAUUCAGCCGUGCCUUCACUUACCAAGUUUACUGCUUGCGUCUGGAUUAAGAUGUCCCAUAACGAUGAGGGACAUUACUUUUUCACCUACGCUACCGGUUCUUCUGCUCAAGCCAUUGCAUUGGGGUAUUACCCGGGCAGUUUAAAACUGCACUUUAAUGUCCAUACAACUAGCUGGCAAGAUUACACUUUGUCAACUGGUUUGCAUGACAAUGGCUGGCAUCACCUCUGCUUGACAUGGAGAAACACGGAUGGAAAGGCGUGUUUGUUUGUAGAUGGGAUCAAGCUGACGUGUGUAACUAACUACCAGACCGGUCAGACAAUCGCUGCAAAUGGAAAGUUUAUUCUGGGCCAGGAACAAGACUCAUUGGGUACAGUAGCUGAUGGGUUUAUUUGUUAUUGACCUUGCAUGAGGUCCGUUCUGGAGAGAUAUAUGUCGAGUUCUUUUUUUCUUUCUGUCGUUCUUUUUUUGUUUGUUUGUUUUUCUUUUUUUCUUUUUUCUUUUUUCUUUUUGCUGCGACUCGCUAAUUACAAAAAAGAACGAGACCAUUAUUUUCUAAUACGGACCGAUUAAGUUAAUAGUAUUUGUUAUAACGGCUUGUGUAAAACAAAAUUCUGCUGACAAAUUUAUGUGUCGUUGUAAGCCAUUCUCGCUAAAAGUGCGCGUGCAAAAGUCAAGAAUUCACUGACGUUUUUCGACCGUUUGCAGGUCGUUCGUUUGAAGUGGUUUUAAAAAUUCCACUUUUUCGCCUAUCAUGAAGGAAAAUUCUAGUGACUGUACUUAAGAGCAAACAGUUCUCUUUUGUGCAAUGUUUUGAGUAGUUUGGACGGUCUGUAUUGCAAAAUUAGGACCUCUUAAGUAACCAUUUAGUAUUGGUAUCAUUUUCAUCUUAGACCAGUUUUCCAUUGAAAGACAUGUACAGGUUAUUGAUUGUGUGGUGAUACCUGUAACAGAUGAAAGGCAACUGAGAUUUUUUUACUAGGGGUUGAGAGACAGGGGUGGGGGUUGACUUCACUUUUUCUCAUUGGGCUGUCAACGGUGGAGCCAAAAGGCCUGAAAAUGGGUUAUUUAGACCUUUUUUCAGUUCAGUUUAUGUUAAUCCUCUGUUGUACUUUCUGUGCUCCCGAGUCUACUCAAUGUAGUAGUAAGAAAACAGAAGGAUACUGGCUUACUCUUUAUCAUGAUCUCGAUCUUGAAACCUGUUCUAGAGGAACAGGGAUUGAAAUUCACAAAUGGUCGACUGAUAUUUAUCAUCCUUCAGCUACAAAAAAAUUAUUUCAGUACAUUGCAGUGUUCAUGUA